UAAACUCUCUGACGCUCUGUGAGUCCAUGGUUGCUAGACUUGUGAGAGUUAAAGUCGCAUGCCUCAAGGUUUAAAUGAAAAACAUGUAUGGUGUCUGUGUUCUGCCGACGAAUUAGUUGCUGAUGAAUUCAGUAAAAGUUUCCUGGUAAUUACAUUAUUAUUACUCAAGAAAAGCGAGCAAAACGUUUCAAGUUGGAAAUUUUCAAGGAGCCAUCUACGAGUUUGCACAGGUUUGUCUGCUGAUUCAAUGCUGCUUGUAAAAGUUUUAGAAGUGUUUGCUUGUGAGGAGUGCUCUCACGUUAUAGAAAUGGCCAUGUAACUGCAGACUGUGCCAUGACGAGGGCUGCGAAGCCACAAAGUUGAUAUCCACAUACCGAAACUUGACGCUGCACGAAAUGUCACUUACAACAGAAGUGAGAUGGAAGAAAUUCAGAAGUGUAAGAUCUUUUAUAAUAUGAGAAUAAGCACAGUAAGUAAGUGAAAGUGAAAGUGUUUAUAUCUGAAGUGUGGCCGGAUUAAGAUAUGCGUAACUUAAAAUAUGUGAAAGUUAAAUAUACUGAGUUUGCUGCACAGAAAUUAACAUUAAAUAAAUUUGUUUUAUAUUAAAUAUUUGAUAAGCUUUAGUAAGAUUUGUGAACGUCAACUAUAAUAUCAACAGUUGAAGUAAAGUUGUAUAAAAAUUAGUGAAGAAACUGUCAAAUGAUGGAACUGAGCUGAACCGACAGCGCUUAAUACUGUAAAAUAUUUAGCUGUGAUUCUGGCCUAGGGUGACCAAACUCCUCACUGUUAAUUCAGGUACAUUUUCUUGUCUAAUUUUACUCUUCAGGAUAUAUUUUUUGUGAAUGUUUACCACAAACGUGUCACAUCAUGCCAUCUGGCAGAGACGUUAACACUGGACUCUCUCAAACCCAUACUCAAUUUUUAGUCAGAAGUAAGUAACUUGUAGACGAAUUUUUGGAACUCGUGAUAAAUAUAUUCAUAAUAGUAAAAAUGCCACCUAAGAAACCACCACCUUCGUUAAUCAAAAUAUGUCUACGAGCUUUUGCAGACUGGUUCUUAAAAGUAUGGGAGACCGGUAGUCAGCAAGAAAUAGAAAAUUUUGGACUGGAAGUGCACAGAUUCCUGUCAUCGCAUAUUCCUUCUGUGGUUGCCGACAGCUUAAUUUCACAACUGCUCGAGAUGUACGUUCAGAGAUAUGAAUGUAAUCCCGAUAUGCAUAUGAGCAUCUUCCUUCACUGUAUAAUGCUGCCACAGUUAAAUGUUAUAGAUUUCUCAGAAGUAAUAAACCUUGGCAUUAAUACCAUAGGAUUCUUUGAGUAUGUUAUUGCUUCAGAAUUACACUCGCAUGGAAGGUUGGUGAAGAUUUCUUUGCAAAUGCAUGGAAGAGACAGUGACCUUCAAUUAUGUACUGAUCACACUUUGGAGCUAAUUGGAAAGAACUGCCCACAACUAAAGUCAUUAAAUGUUUCUUAUAGUGGCCAUGUUCGUAAUGAAGGCCUGCAGUAUCUUGUUCCAUGUUCAGAAAGUCCAGGGUGCCCUCUGUUAGAAGAAAUAUUUGUUUAUAAAUGUGCUGUUUCUGAGAUUGGGGUGACUAAUAUUCUGAGGUCAUUGCCCAACAUUCGUUUAAUUGGAUACGAGAAAAUGGUUUUAUGUCUUCUGCAGUUGUAUGAACAGAUGACCAGAGACGGCAGUCCUUUGAAAGAGCGCCUUAAACUUACACAUGUUGAAAAUACGAGUAUAAACCUUGAUCGAAGUUACAUGCGUUUUGACAAAAGAGUGGUCGAUGUCGUAUGUACGCUUUGUCCACACUUGUAUGAUCUUAAAGUCCAUGUAGCCGAUGAGGAUGUUCCGACACUUGAACAGUUCGAGUCUCUCACUUCACUGGAACUGACCUAUAAAAUUCAGAGACCGGCGUCUCCAGGGGAAGGUACAGAGUACUUCCUCCGUGUUCGAGGCGCACAGCUCAGCAGCCUAGCAAUUACUUGUCUCGUCCUACACGAGAAGCAAAUUAUAAUGCUUGGGGAAAAUUGCUCUAACUUAAAACAUCUGUAUCUGAAAUGCGAGUGGCUAGAACUGCGUCAUUUGGAACUGGAACAUGACGACGCGCUCAGCAAAUGCAAAUUCUUUAAACUUGAAUCGCUGUGUUUUUUUACUGGGAAAGAACCACGGCAUGUGUCUGAAUUUCCUGUGAGAGUUGUACAGUGCAUAUUACGUAAUACAGACAGGCUUGAAGAGCUAAAGAUUUUUGUAAAUACUCCUUCAAUAACAGAUGUUUGGAUGAAUGAGUUGUUAUCAUCUGUCAACACAGCAGUGCUAAAAGAAUUGAUGAUCGCUUUGCCUGGCAGAUACAGGAAAUCGACAGUCAUUGAUCUGUCGAUGUCAUCUGUUAACGAGAUAAUCAGCCGAGCACCUCAUUUGCAGAAGUUAGGGAAUCUUAUAUUUUGGAAUGUGAGGUCAAAAAAGGUAUGGAAGUUGAAGCGUAAGAUGGAGAAAUUGAAUUUUGAUUUAAAUAUAAUAAUCGAAUCCAUGACAGAGAAUUGGUAAUGGAGUUUGAGUAGUGUAUUUUGAAUUUGCAGAUGGAGAGCAUUUAUUGAGAAUCAGAAUGUGUAUUCUGCACUAGAAUUAUGAACAAGAACAUUGCCUGUAACAUCAGAAUUGCUUGUGUAUUAAUAUUUACGUGAUAAGAAAUAUUUUUCACAAAGAUAUAUAUAAAUUUCUUCAAUGUACUGCAAUUUAAUAUUACCAGAAACAUUGUUGUGUGUUAUGAAACAUACGCUUCUCGAUCUGCCUUGUUGCUUGAAACAUAGAGUUGCUAUUUAAUAUGUUAUUGUAUUUCAAAACUUUAUGCAAAGUGUUAUCGUCAUUGUAUGGAUGGUGAUUUUUGUUGUUCCUAAGAAAAUUAUUUACUAUGUUAAAAUGUACAGUCAGUAGUUUUGUGUAAUUGUAGAUGUAUAAAGCAGAUGUGGACGUAAUUCAAAAUAAGCAAGUUGAAGUUUGAAUUUCUAAUGGUUUUGCUAGAAUAUAAAUUAGUACUUCAGCUGGGAUAGCUCAAUUAUAAUGACUAGGCUACAGGUUGGAUGACCAGUGUUUGGUAUCCUGACUUCAGAAUUAUUCUCUUUUCCGCAAUGUCGAAACUGACCCUGGGGCCCAUCUAGCCUCAUGUCCAAUGGGCACCAAAGUUUCCACAGAUGUAAAGCAGCCAGGGUAUGAAGCAGACCAUCCAUUUUCUUCUGGUACCCCAUACAUCUGCAUGAUGUGGUGUUCCGUCAAGCAUCGGGUAAACUAAGCCGUUGGUUCUAAGAUUAAUAAGCUGCCUAACAUAAUAAAAUAUUUUAAUUCUUCACAGGAACAGUAACAUCGCACACAAAAUCUCAGUUGCAUUAGAAGUAGAGUUUGUGUCCACAGGUCUGGUCAUAUUAAUGUCGAUGGAUUCGUGUUAUUGUGUACUAGAGUUUAGAAUGUAUUGUUGAGGAACUAACCAUCUUAUAGUUAUUACAUUGCACAGUUAGAAACCAUUUUUCCAUAUUUAUGUAAGUGUUCACCUUGUUAAAAAUGUUUGUAGACCUGAAUGACAUUUGUAAUUAAUAUUAUUACUUUUUUCAAUUG